AUGGUUGACUUUGGAGAAAUCGAUAAAGAAGCUGCAUGGAUGCUAAUAACUGGUAAUACUCAAAGCAGUUCCCCGGCAGUUCUGACUUUCUCUAAAUAUGACAACGACAUCGGUCAUAUGGAAAUCUAUCAAAAUCACGACAGCAGGUACACUUCAGUGUCGAAAACCAUGUUCAAUCCAUCAGACUGUGACAGUGCUGCUGCUGUUAUGUACAUAAAUGGAAACACACAGAUAGAUAACACUAUCGGUCUUGAAUAUACAACCAAUGACAACCAAAAUACAAAGGUGCAAUCCAAGUGCCAAACUGAAUUGAUUUCGUUAUCAACCUUAUCGAUCAAAGAAUAA